AUGGCAGGACGUCCACCACCACCAAGAGGCAACGGCAGCGCGUAUGCUCCGAACCCUGCCUCUCGCACAAACGAAUACUUUGUACCGCGCGAUGGAAUAGACCGAGAAGUCAUCACCGCCGACAUCUGUCGGUAUCUAGGAAACGAUGCUCUCGUCCGGCCGGGGAACUACACCAACCCUGACGGGUACUAUAUCACUGCGUACCGUAACUUGACAUCGGCGAUGAUUACCGAUCUGAAGAACGAUUCUGCUCGGUGGGAAGCAGAACGACGGAGGCAGUCGGGCUCGGGUGCAGUUGCAGUCCGAUACCAGGAUUCACAUAUCAGAGACGGCCCCCAGCGGGCUGUUGGCGGAAACGUUGGCCACGGCGUGCCAGCGUACGGUGGACCUCCCCGGGAGUAUGACAACGGGCCUCGCUAUCCCGAGGGCGACGGUCUGGGCUACAACACCGGCGCCGGCCCGGGUGCUCCUCCAUACGGAGGCCCCGGCGGAUAUCCUGUUGGUUACUCACAGCCGCCGCCGCCGCCGUCGUUCCCAGCCCCCAUGCACACAGGUAUGCCGGAUUCCAGGUUUGGCCCUCCAACUGGCCCAGUGCCCAGCCACGGUGGCAACUAUGUCAAUGCCGGCAACAACGGCGCCAUGGGCGCGCCGGAAGGUUACUCCGUUGGCUCUUACUACCAGGCAAGCUCCAGCCGGGACGUAUAUUCGCAGGACAUGGCCAUGGACGAUGUUUCCAACGUACCCAUCAGGCGGACUUCUCCCAACAGCAAUCCCGGUUUCGGUGGCAACCCGGGGACCAACUUCCGCAGGCCGUUUCCCAACGUUCCUGGAGGUGCUGGCGGCAACUACGGAGCCUAUCCGCCCCCACCCAACGGUCACGGUGUAGCUUUCGCUCAGCCGGUUGACAACAACUACGGACGAGCACCCAACAUGCCAACCCAGGGUUUUAGCAACCCCCACGACUUCCCCAUACAGCAGCCGCAACAGUAUGAAGAUCCUGCAUAUCCCUCCUCCCCCUCCCGUCCCGGAUCCACGCCAAGCACAAAGACUCAACUUCCGUCCCCUAGUGAACCGCCUACAGGACCCCGUCGUGACGGGGAACGUGCUGGAAGUGACCGCCCCGAGUAUCGGGAUCGUGGCAUGUCCGAACGGGAUCACCGGGAUACGACUCCUCCGAACAAGGCCGGACUAGCAAACAAGCCAGGUCCACCUGGACAGCACCACUACCCCAGACGUUGA